UGCACUUGGGUGAGCUCGUCUGCUACAGAAGGCAAAGAGAGCAGAGCAGCCUGCGUAUUCUGUCUCAGCCACAAACGCAAGCAGUCCACUGCACCUCUGACAAGUCAUCCUUCGCAGUUCCCUUCCCCUAGCCUGAGCAUCAAUUCUCUCCAUCCGAUCCUCCAUCCUUCCAGUAAUUAUCCAUCUGUAAGGCUGUGGGAGUCAGCUGAGGUUGAAGGCUUGAGUCAGUGAGACAUGUCGACCCUACGCUUUGGACAACAUCUCAUCAAGUCCUCGGCUGUGUUCCUGCAGACAGAGCUGUCCUUUGCUCUGGUCAACAGGAAGCCUGUGGUGCCUGGACAUGUGCUGGUGUGCCCGCUCAGACCAGUGGAGCGUUUUCGGGAUCUUCGGCCAGAUGAGCUAGCAGAUUUAUUCUGCACCACUCAGAGAGUUGCCAACGUGGUGGAGAAACAUUUCAAUGCCACAUCUCUCACCAUUGCUAUCCAGGAUGGCCCUGAAGCCGGACAAACUGUGAAGCAUGUCCACAUCCAUGUGCUGCCCAGGAAGGCUGGGGACUUUAAGCGAAAUGACAGCAUCUAUGAUGAGCUACAGAAGCAUGAUCGAGAUGAUGAGGACAUUCCAUCCAAGUGGAGAUCAGAGGAGGAAAUGGCGGCAGAAGCUUCAGAUCUUAGGAAACAGCUCUAGAAACCCUAAAUAGUAAAAUGUUCCAAUACUUCUGUGCAAACUACUGGAUGUGAUUAAAUGUUGCAAACACAUUUUGCAGACAAUCUAGUGACUGCCAGAAGAAGGCAGAGAGUUUGAACCCAUUCUGUGAAAUAUCUUUGAAUCUACAUGAUGGAUUGGCUGAAAAUUUAAAAUCUUUAAACUUUUUCAGACUUGAAUGUCUUUGGUGAUCCUCUGAUUUAUUGUCUAACACCACCAUGAAGUUGACAUUUGUGAACUGAUAUAUAAUCUGAAUUAUUUCAUAGGUUGUUUUUAUACUUUAUUUGCUUAUUACCUUUAUUUUCAAUUCAGAUUUUAUAGUAGUAGAAAAAGUAGAAAUAACCAAUGAAUGAACUUGUUUUUCACUCCUUACUUCAGCAAUAUUGUGCAGAGAAAUGAAGGCAGUCAUAGAGAGUUUUUUAAUGCAAAAGUUAAAGAACAUGUCCUGGUCAAAAAUAACUCCACAGUUCCUCAUAUUAUUACUGUAUUGUAGUAUCUGUUUAUACACUUGGACACUGUUUCAGAGAUUUUGGGGGCCAAGGACAAUAACAUCACUUUUAUCUGAAUCUACCAGUCAAAAAUAAAAACCCUCCAGACAUUUAUGUCUUAAGGAAAGGCCUAUGGCUUAACUAAUUGAUUUGUGCCAUCUGGCUUCAUGGAUAAAUAUUACUGGAUAUCAAAUGCUUGCCAUCUUAUCUGAGGUAUCUUAAUAAGAAGAAUGGAAUUGACUGCCCAAGAGUUUUAUUCAAUUAAAAUUAAAUCUGUGACCUACUUGUAAAUGUGUGCAACAAGCCUAAAUUCUGAAAUAACUGCAUAAACAUAAGAAAGAUUCUCAUUUGGGCAAUUUAAUGCAAACAUCCACAAUGGCUUUUGAGGCUAGGGCUAAUGUAAUUUUAUCAGCCUCAGCUCUAAUUUCUGUCACAUGCUAAUACGAACAUAGAAAAAUGUUAUACAAAUGUGGUAAACAUAGUGAAACACAUUUGUCUCAAAGUACCUUCUCUAUAGAUUUAUGCAGACUCAAACUAAAAUAAUUUCAUUGUAAGAUUUAAAAUGUAAAAUGUACAGUGCUUAUGUGUUCAUUUUACUUUUGGUAAACAAACAGAAUGCCAGUGACAACAACAGUAAGAUUUUCAGACUUUGAUCACCUGGA